ACAGGCAUUUGCUGUGUUCUUCGUGCGAGAGCAUCAGGAGGGCUGUUUAGUUUGAGUUGGUUCUGGCUAUAAUGACUCCAUUGAAACCCACAGAGAAACAGUGCCAUGCAUUUUUAAUCAGGUGGCUUCUGAGGUCGCGUGCUCCACUCCGAGGAUGUGAAUUAUGAGCCACGGUGGGAUGAAAACUGAACCGAUCCGACGGAAAGACAAUGACAUUACCUCACGACGGGAAGAGAGUGAUUUUAUUACAUUAUUACACUGUCGUUUUCAAUUCCAAUAAGUGAGUGCCAGAACUCUUCUCUCGCCCGGCAUUGUCCCUGCAUGAGAAGAGAAAUAUCUCAGCACCUUCACUGAAGCUCUUGAUGGUAGAAGCAUGAGAACGCGGACGUUGCUGAGCGUUGCGUCGGGGUUUAUGGGCUUCUCCUGCAAGGCUGUGAGGAGAUGUGCCGAGAUCCGCUGCGAUGAAGACCAGCGGUGCUGCACCCAGAACAGCAGCAGCAUCACGUCCGUCCGCCAGCUCCCGCUGCACACCUUCCUGGACAACCUGGAGUGGACGGUCCGUAAGCUGUCGGGACUGCUGAUUCUGCUCUUGCUCUUCGUGGUGGGUUAUUUCAUUCAGCGUGUCGUAUGUCCGCGUCCCCGCCGCCAGACGCCCGAGGAGCCGGCCCUUCUGCACGGACACGCGUCCCAGGACUCCCUCGCCGGGGACUUCGGCUCCCCGGGGCCGCUGCUUCCCACGUACGAGGAGGUCAAUUAUCUGCCCACAUACGAGGAGAUCAUGAUGGAGGUGAAUGGAGACCAUCUGGACUCGAACACGGGAGCGGUGGAGGAAAGACGAGCAGCACUGCAGACGUCUAGAAGACCCAUAAACUCUCUGUAAUCCACUCCCUGUGUGUCUUUAGGAGCUCUAGACUCCUCAAGACAUUUUCAGGUUUGGCUCUUACAGUAAGUAUCUCGAACUAACCAGACUUAGUGCAAAUUGUGUGCAAAAAUGCGUUUAGUCUUCUUAAACAUUGUUGAUUAUAAUUCUUCAUUGAAUUGCUGCUCUUUUU